AAGGUACUCAGACCUCGACAUGCUCUCCUCCCCCUCUCUCGUUGCUUCCGUUGCUUAUACCCAAUAGCUGGCUUUGAUUGCAGCAGCGGCCUCAGUGCGCGCUCGCUCGCCAUCCUCGGCUCGUCCAGACAAUAGACACAAACGGCAACGAACCCCGACGUCGUCACUGUCGCGCGAGGACAGUCGCGCGAACAGCAGAGAUGCCCUCCUCCAAGCACGCCCCUUCGACUGUAGACGACCAACAAGAUCCAGUCGAAUCACCCUCAACAGCCCAUUUCUCUCUAUCCCGAGCCGUACACGCACGCCGCAAGGAAUACACGCGACCUCAUCGCAUCCGCAUCAAGAUCGGCACCUGGAAUGUCGCCGCGUGCCCAGGCACAGACAAGGACCUGGCCUCAUGGUUCAUAGACGGACAAGGCCUGGAGCCUUAUGCGAAUUCGCAUCUCGCCAACUUGCAUCUGUCCGAGACCAGCGUUGUCGAGAGCGAACAGCAGCAGGAUCGUGUCCCAGCGGCCGACUCGGCACAGACCGAAGACAGCCACCACAACAGCGAAGAGCCCUCAGUACGACUGCUUGGAGGUGACAAGAUCGGGCUGUACGUCCUUGGACUCCAGGAGGUUGUCAGCCUCAACCUCGUGCAGCAAUCACUAUACACGGACUCGACCACAAUUGCCAAAUGGAGGCAUGCCCUUGAGGCGGGGCUACCCAAGGGCUACGAGCUGGUUGCAUGCCAGCAGAUGGUUGGCUUGCUGUUGCUCAUCUACGCGUCUCCAGAAGUCGCAGCUACAAUCUCGAACGAGUCAACUGUGUCUGUCGGCACCGGCCUGCUGGGUUACAUGGGCAACAAGGGCGCGGUUUCGUCGCGGCUACUUCUCGGGGACACGACUAGCCUCGUCUUUGCGAAUUGUCAUCUAUCUUCCGGCCAUGACCAAACAUCACUAGAGCGUCGUUGGUGGGACUAUGGCAAGAUCCUCUCGCAGACCCGGUUCGCGCCCAUCAGCCUGACCGGCGUCGAAGAGGAUGAGGAGGCCAAGAUUGGGGACGAAGAUUACGCUUUCCUGUUCGGCGACCUAAACUUUCGUCUGGACGGGCUGCCGGGGGAGGAUAUCAAACGAAUUCUGACUUUACACACGACUGGAGAAUACGAUCUGGCCAACCCCAGCAAGAAAGUCACCGACAGGGAUGACACUGUAAUCGUAAAUCACAAUCAUCCUGAAAACGACCCCGAUGGAACCAAGACGCCUGGAAUGGUGUCGAGGGAAACGUCAUUCAACGAGGGCAUGGAUCGAAACGACGAAAGUGACGAAGAGCUUCCAGACCCUGACGACUUCAUACCAGACCCCCACGACGAUCCAGCCUCCCUUCAGGCCACGCUUGAUUCCUUGCUUCCACACGAUCAGCUAGCGCACACGAUCAAAGACCGUAAAGCGUUGCAUGAAGGUUGGCGUGAAGGCCCUAUCACAUUUCUCCCCACUUACAAGUACGAUGUUGGCACUACAAGCCAUUUCGACUCAUCUGAAAAGAAACGAGCACCAAGCUGGUGCGACAGGAUCCUGUAUCGAACUAAAAAGAACUUGCACGACUACGAGAACAGAGUCAAGGACGAGGCCGAGGCACGGAAGAAGGACGAAGAUAUGCGGAAACGUGGCAUCGACGCAGCUGCUGAUGACGAAAGUGUCUUGUUCGACUACAACCCGACAUCGGACGCCGCCAGCAGUGGCGACACCGCAGUAGCAAGUGAAAAUCUCUACGACUACGACGAAUACGAAGAAAGCGGAGAGGAGGACGGACACCUGAACACCCAAACACUUGACCGAGACGAAAUCAAGCUUGAUAUCUACACUAGCCACCAUCGGAUCACUUCCUCGGACCAUAAACCACUGGUUGGCAUCUUCACGCUAGACUAUGAGGCGGUCAUACCGGAACUGAAGGCCAAGGUGCAUGCUGAGGUGGCCAAGGAACUUGACCGAGCAGAAAAUGAAGGACGCCCAGGCAUAACGAUAGUGGUGGAUGGCAGGGAACCUAAUGAAUCGGACCAGAGCAAGAUUGUGCCCGAGGGAGACCUCGUAGACUUUGGCGAGGUAGCAUUCUUGGACAAGAAGACACGCUCAUUGACUAUUGCCAACACGGGACGGGUCUCGGCCACAUUCAGCUUCGUCGAUAAGCCCGAUAUCGAGGAUGGCAACAGGAGACCGCCACAGUGGCUGCACGCGACAUUCGCAUCUGGCGAUGAGAAGCUCUCUGGAGGUCCCGAUGCGAAUAGCAUCACAUUAGAACCUGGCGAGACGAUCAAUGCGCAUCUAGCCUUGCACGUGCGAAGCAUUGCUCUCGUCAGGGCACUCAACGCAGCGACAAGACAAUUGGAAGACGUGCUCGUGUUGCGAGUCGACGGGGGCCGUGACCAUUUCGUGCCUGUCCGGGCCAGCUGGAAGCCGACAUGCUUUGGGCGUUAUCUGGAGGAGCUCAUCCGGAUACCCCAUGGUGGGAUAGAUAAGCUCGUGGAGGAGAAACAACUCCGGGGACCUAUCCCUCGAAGUUCGGAGGUACAGAACUCGUCGCCCGCCGAGCUGUACAAGUUGACAGAAGCCAUAGAGUCUCUAUCGGAGAGGGCAAUCGCGGACGAGAACAUGAUUGAGGACUGCCACAUACCUCGCGAUUCGCCCGGGUGGCCAUUCUCCUCUGCCCUCCACGCUGCGUCCGUCAUGGACUCGCACAACGCACACGUCGCCACUAUCGUUCGGGCCCUCGAAGCAGACAAGCCCAUCCUCGACGCGCUGAACGCCGAGGUCCCCACGCUGCAACGCCUCGAAGCUGUCUGCGAGGUGCUGGUGUUGUUCCUCCGCAGCAUGCCCGACGGCAUCAUAACAGCGGCUCUGUGGGCUCAGAUUGACAGUACCAUUCCCGACCUUGGCAGGCACGGCGGGCCGUCGGUGGGCCUGGAGCAGAGCAAGAGCAUCAUCCUCGACAUCCUCUCCAGCUCGCCUUACAACAACAUCUCCUUUGUAUUCCUGACGUCCAUGCUGGGCAAGAUCGCAAAUGAUGUCAACCCUCUCAACAAGGCGGAGCUCCUGGCCAUCGCCAACAAGAGCAGUGGUGCUGGCGGCGGCGGCACUAACAUUGCCUCGCGCACGAUCCGUGGUGCCAUCGGCGUCUCUCGCGGCCUCAGCUUCCGCAGGGCUCAAGGAAACCCCACCGGCGCGACCCCUCCCAAGACGACGACAGAGGAUACCAGCAGCAGCACUACGGCUAAGGAGGUCGUCGACGAGGCGGCCGUGGACAGGCGGUUGGCAUGGGAGAGGCAGGCCGCCGAGAUCAUUGGCGGCGCCAUGUGCCGUCCUCCACAUGCACAUAUGCCUGGGGCCUCAUCUGGAGGCGGUGGUGGCGGUGGAGGUCACGCAGCAAAUAAUAAGCAGGAUCAGCAAGGUUACGAAGGGGAGGACGAGUACGACGGCUCGGCCUCGACGCUGCCGCCAGCACCACCGAUGUCGCCGCGCGAGAAGAAGAUUACGGCGCAGGACAAGACGGCGGCACUGGUGGAGAUAUUCUUCCGGAAGGAUGAGAAUGGGAUGUGACCACAUGUGUCUCCUUGCGUGGACUUGCAACAAGGAGGAGGUCCCAAUGCAGUUGAUGAUGAAGUGUGGCACUGAAAAGAUGUAUCGAGAGAAUUCAGCGUAUAAGCUAGAUCUGGUUGGGGCUAGGGAUGAUCCGAAAUGUUCUAAACCGUGGUUAAGGUUGAUUAAUUAUUGGCUAUCACAUAGCGCAGUCGAACACCGAGGGGGGGGGGGGG